AUGGUGGACCAGUAUAACAAGCGGAAAGUAGAGAAGAUGACGGGCAAGAAAUGUGACGUAUGCGACACUCCACUGUACAGCGACCCCAGUAACUGGGACUACGAGACAAGCCUUCCCGAGUGGGCUCUGCCACCGCCGGGCUACGACGGAGCUACGGAGCCGACAAAAGAGUCGGAUCCGCUGGCCAUUGACCUUCAGAAGCUGAAACUAGAGGACGCGAGAAAUGUGUGCCAGACACAGUUUGAGGCUACUUCGAACAAUGUAGCUGGAACUGGAAUUAGUGAUGCAGUAGACCAACCUGUAGCUGCAAGUGCAGCUGCUUGA